UGAUGCAGGUUGACGAAGGAAGAGACCGCUGGUGAGAGAAGAGAAGAGGAGAGGGGAGGAAAGAGUACCCCAACCGGCACUUUACAUAUAGAAUUGAAUUUAUUAAAUAUUGUUUUAACAUAUUGUAAUUAUUAAAAAAGGGGAAAAUGGCUCAGCCAGACAACAAGAAGUUCUUUGAGAACCUGACGGGCGCUGGGAAAUCUAUAGCAGUGUUGACGAGUGGAGGAGAUGCUCAAGGGAUGAAUGCUGCUGUUCGGGCUGUUGUCCGCAUGGGAAUCUAUGUAGGAGCCAAAGUCUACUUCGUUCAUGAGGGUUAUCAGGGUAUGGUGGAUGGAGGUGACAACAUCAAGGAGGCGAAAUGGGAGAGUGUGUCCAGCAUGCUGCAAGUGGGCGGAACUGUUAUCGGCAGCGCACGAUGCAAAGAUUUCCGCACGCAUGAGGGACGUCUGAAGGCGGCUCAUAACCUGGUGAAAAGGGGGAUCACCAACCUGUGCGUGAUUGGAGGAGACGGCAGUUUGACCGGGGCCAAUCUCUUCAGAGAGGAGUGGAGCGGCCUGCUGGCAGAGCUGGUCCAGCAAAAUCUGAUUGAUGAGGAGGCGGCUCAGAAAUACUCCGCUCUUCACAUUGUGGGUAUGGUGGGCUCUAUUGACAAUGACUUCUGUGGCACCGACAUGACAAUAGGAACAGACUCAGCCCUCCACAGAAUCAUUGAGGUGGUGGAUGCAAUCAUGACUACAGCUCAAAGUCACCAGAGGACAUUUGUGCUGGAGGUGAUGGGCAGGCAUUGUGGCUAUCUAGCAUUGGUGAGCGCACUGGCAUGUGGAGCUGACUGGGUGUUGAUUCCUGAAAUGCCCCCUGAGGAUGGCUGGGAAGAGAAAAUGUGUCAAAAACUCUCUGCGACUCGAUCCAGAGGUUCAAGGUUGAACAUAAUCAUAGUCGCUGAAGGAGCCAUUGACAGACAUGGAAAAGCUAUUACUUCUAGUAUAGUCAAGGAUCUGGUGGUUCAGUGUCUGGGCUUCGACACGCGUGUGACCAUCCUGGGCCACGUCCAGAGAGGAGGGACCCCCUCGGCAUUUGACAGGAUUCUGGCCAGUCGCAUGGGUGUGGAGGCGGUUCUGGCGCUGCUUGAGACCACUGCAAACACGCCAGCCUGCGUGGUGUCUCUGUGUGGGAACCAGUCUGUGCGGCUGCCCCUCAUGGAGUGUGUGCAGAUGACUCAGCAGGUGCAGAAGGCCAUGGAUGAGAAGAAAUUUGAAGAGGCAGUUCGGCUACGUGGCAGGAGCUUUGAGAACAACCUGAGGACUUACAAACUGCUGGCUCACCGUAAACCAGAGUCUGAACUUCCACACAGCAAUUAUAACGUGGCCGUGUUGAACGUGGGCGCCCCCGCGGCGGGCAUGAACGCAGCCGUGCGGUCGGCUGUCAGAGUGGGCAUCUCCGAGGGACACAAAAUGUUUGCUGUCAGUGACGGUUUUGAAGGAUUCUAUAAGGGACAGAUAAAAGAGAUCAAAUGGGCAGAUGUUGGAGGAUGGACGGGCCAGGGUGGAUCCCUCCUGGGAACUAAACGAACGCUUCCUGCAAAGUACAUUGAAAAAAUAGCAGAACAGAUGCGGAAGUAUAACAUCAAUGCGUUGUUAGUGAUCGGAGGAUUUGAGGCCUACCUGGGGAUCAUGGAGUUGUUAGCAGCCCGCGGGAUUUAUGAGGAGUUGUGUGUGCCAAUGGUCAUGGUGCCGGCCACCGUCUCCAACAAUGUGCCCGGCUCAGACCUCAGCAUUGGCGCAGACACGGCUCUGAACGCUAUCACUGAUACAUGUGACCGUAUCAAGCAGUCCGCCAGCGGUACGAAGCACCGUGUGUUCAUCAUCGAGACGAUGGGGGGGUACUGUGGUUAUCUGGCCAGUGUUGGUGGUCUAGCGGCUGGAGCGGACGCUGCAUACAUCUAUGAGGAACCGUUUGACAUCAGAGACCUACAGUCGAAUGUAGAGCACUUGACAGAGAAAAUGAAGACCAGCAUUCAGAGAGGACUAAUCCUGAGGAAUGAGAACAGUAAUGAAAACUACACCACAGACUUCAUCUAUCAGCUCUAUUCUGAGGAGGGCAGGGGAGUGUUUGACUGCAGGAAGAAUGUUCUGGGUCACAUGCAGCAGGGUGGUGCUCCUUCUCCAUUUGACCGUAACUUUGGGACCAAAAUCGCUGCUAAGGCCAUGCAGUGGAUCACCAAGAAACUGAACGAAAGCUACAGACAAGAUGAAGGGAGAGUGUUUGCCAACACAGAGGACUCGGCCUGUUUGCUGGGUAUGCGGCGUCGCGCUAUGGUUUUCCAGCCUGUGGUUCAGCUGAAAGAUGAGACUGACUUUGUUCACAGAAUCCCUAAGGAACAGUGGUGGCUGAAGUUACGUCCACUCAUGAAAAUCCUAGCCAAGUACAAGACCAGCUACGACGUGUCAGACUCGGGACAGCUGGAACACGUGGCCCUGAACCGACCCAGAGAGUCUGAGGCCACGGCUGCCAUUUAAACUCAUCCAAAUAUCGGCGGCGUUCAAAGGUCACGCUUCAGACGGGCCUGUCUGUCCCGCGAGCGCUGUCGCCGACACUUUAGUUCUCCGGGCCCGCUUUUUUGUUUGUUUUUGUCAUCGCUGUGUUGGAAAAAUGUCACCCUUUGUUAUUUUACAGAAAUCAGUGUUAAUCGUAGGAGAGUGUAAAGUUUGGUUUGACUGUGUUAUGCCCUCGCUCUCUCUCCUGUUGACGGAUUCGCUGUCACCCCACCAUAUCUGCAGUAGUGUUACGCUUCAAAGCACAUUUCUCUCUCUGAAGUUCUCAGAAAGAAGGAAAAAUCCCACUUUUCGGUGUCAAGCGCUGUAAGUCCACAUUGCUAGAGCACCGUUUGAUGUUUGAAUGUAUUGCAUCAUCAAGUGUUAACAUUUGCCUGACCAAUAAAGACCACAAUCACAAAGUGUGAAAA